AUGGGCGCGGGUCCCCCAAAGGUGCUGUUUUCGGGGGACCCGAGGCCUCGGAGCCGGGUGUCGAGCCACGCACCAACGAGAGACCACAGGCGGGCCUGGAGAGCGCCCCACGGGACACUUACGCGGCCGCUUUUUCCUCAGGCUUUCGACGCGCUGACGGGUGACCGCCGUGGGGCCGCUGUAGGAGCCCAGCCGGUCCCGCCUCGCGCCCUCCGCCGAGGCCCCGACCGCGGGCACCGACGCGCUGCUCGCCCGGCGCCGCAGUGGCUCCCGCCGCCGCCCUUCGGGGCCCCCAGCCGCCUGCUCCCCUGCCGACGAGGCGGAGGUGGCGGAGGCGGCGGAGGCCCUGCCGUGGCGCUCCAUGGGCGCGCCAAGCCGGCCCGCUCCCAUCCGCAGCAGCCACCGCUGCCGCCCGAGCCAGCCCCCCAGAGUCUGACUCCUCCUUUCCUCCUCCACGGUAGUCCAGACGGAGCAGAGGCGCGCCCUCGGCCGGCCGCCUCUUCCGUUGCGCCAACGCGCAGGAAGCCAAUGCGACGAGGCUGGGGGCGGCCCGAAGGCCUCGCGUCCAAUCGGCUCCCUAACUCGAGGAGGAUUGACCGUAUCUCUGUCCAAUCAGAGGCUCCCGUGACGGGGCGGGAGGUGUUGGAGGAGGGGAUCCGGGUUCCGCGGAGGAGGAGAAGGCGGUGUAGCCGAAAACAGAGUGAUGGCGGCGCCGCCCAAUGGACACGUGGGUGGAAGGGCCUGCGCCUCCUCAUCCACCCCGCCAUCAGCUACCCCGGUCCAUGGGUCUGCCCCCCGGGCCGCGGAACUCUCUUGGGGCGACCCCGAGUCCCAUCCCGCUGCUCCGUGCAGUCCUCGUUGAUCGAGCCCUCCUCCAGCUCAGUAGUGCUUCCGCAGCGCCUGGCCGCCGGUUGUCUGCAGACCAAAGGGCUUGAAUCGCGGCUGACAUUAGCCUUUGUCCGUCGGCCUUGUUCCUCAGCUGCCGUGGAGGCCACCAGCCCCUCCCCCAGCAUGUUUGGGCUAAGCCGCCUCCUUUCCGCCUGCGUUGGAUGGAGACGUUCCUGGUACCAGAAGGAAUGAAAGGACUGGGGCUGGUCUCCAUGGCAACUGAUAGAAAGGAGCUUCCAUCCAAGUCUGUGAGUGCUCAUCAUUCCUGAAGAAUCAAAGUAUCAUCUUCAUCAUCCCUUGGCUUGCAAGAUGAACUCCAACAUCAAAACACUUGAAACAGUAGUAUUUUUACAGUUUACCCACUGUCUUUAUAUCUCACUUAGUCCUUCCAGUAACAUUUGGAUGAUGAGGCAGCUUAUCCAGAAGCACAAAGCCUAAAGAAUGACAGAGCCUGGACUGCUAAGAAAUUCAGCUACUGCCAACCUUAUGAUAACCAAAAGAAGGCACACCAGAAGUUGGAAAGCAGCCUGGAAAACGGAGAGAAACCCCCACUUCUACAAAAAAAUUUAAAAAUUAGUCCAGGCGCAGUGGCUCACACCUGUGAUCCCAGCACUUUGGAAGGCUGAAGAGGGCGGAUCACUGGAAGUCAGG